AUGACCAAGCCCAAGCAGCUCAUUAAGGAUGGCUGCGACAUUGUGACUGAUCUGAUGGACGGAAUCGUGCUCUCCCACUCUCAUUUGGUACUGGAACGAAGAGAGAAAGUGCUUCUACAUCGUGACUAUAUUGCAAUUCGUGCACGUCAAGUGACAGUCAUUUCAGGCGGUGGCAGUGGCCAUGAACCCACCCAUGCUGGGUAUAUAGGCGAAGGAAUGCUCACGGGUGUCGUCUGUGGUGACGUGUUUGCUUCACCUUCUACACAACAAGUUCUUACAGCCAUUCGAUUGGUUACAGGACCUCAUGGUUGUCUUGUGGUGGUCAAGAACUAUACAGGAGACCGGCUAAACUUUGGUCUUGCAGUCGAACAAGCCAAAGCUGAAGGUUUCAAGUGUGAGAUGGUAGUUAUAGGAGAAGAUGUGGCAGUAGUGAAUUCCAAUGCUGGACGUCGUGGACUUUGUGGAACCGUGUUUGUACACAAAUUAGCAGGUGCUGCUGCUAAAGCGGGAAAAGACCUCGUCAGUCUCGUUGACAUGGUCAAUAGUUUGACUGAAAAGAACAAAUUGGGCACAAUGGGUGUCGCUAUCAAGCCAUGCACUCUACCAGGACGUGAUGACAAUGUACGAGAGUGGAAAGACAAUGAAAUGGAAAUUGGGUUGGGGAUCCAUGGUGAACCAGGAGUCGCCAAGUGCGAGCAACAGAAUGUGCCGUCGUUGUGCAAGAUACUGGUGGAAAAGAUCACGACGGAUCAGAUGUCGGUAGGACUAGCAUUGCAGGAAGGUAGCAAAUGUGUACUCAUGGUGAACAACUUGGGAUCAACGACAGGGAUGGAGCUAUACGUGGUGGCCAAGUAUGCAAUCGAGGCACUACGAGCAAAGGGCAUUGAGCUUGAACGUGUGAUGGUUGGCUCCUUCAUGACGGCACUAGAUAUGGCGGGAUUCUCGCUGUCGGUGUGGAACUCGAACGGCGAUGCUGAACUGCUCGCAUUCUUUGAUGCACCCACGUCGGCACCGGCAUGGACUCACUCACCUUUCGACCUCUCACAGUCGGCAAUUUCUGGACCGUUUAUAAAAGCGGAAGUCACUGCUCCGAUCCAAACGCAAUUUGUGCGCCCAGUCGAGCUCUCAAAUGACGGGCGUAUACUUGAGAAAUGCAUUUUGGCUGUUUGUGAUACCUUGAUCAAGAACGAGCCGAAACUUACGAGCUGGGAUACCAAGGUGGGCGAUGGCGACUGCGGCACUACGUUCAAGAAUGCGGCCAAAGCAAUACUGACCGACUUAAAGGCUUGCUAUCCACUGAAUGACGCUACGCUAACCUUGCGUGCCCUUGCUACCUCAGUGGAUCGCAGUGCUGGUGGUACUUCUGGAGUGCUUUACGUCAUCUUUUUAACGGCUGGGUCACUUUACCUUGAGACCUGUAAGAAUUAUGACACUACUGCGUGGGUUGGAGCUUUCCGCGCUGGUAUCGCUGCAAUUCAAAAGUACGGUGGGGCAAAAGAGGGCUCGCGCACAAUGGUCGAUGCACUUGUUCCAUCGCUUCGUGCUCUUGACAGUUCCGUUGCAAAAUCUGGCGCAGAGCUUGCCAAUGCAGCUGCUAUAGCAGCCCAAGAAGGAGCCGAGGCCACGGCCUAUAUCUCUACAAAGCAAGCAUUCGGCCGUGCCGGGUACGUUAAUGAGGAAUUGGGUGCCGGCGUUCCUGAUCCUGGUGCCAUGGCUGCUGCGUUCUGGAUUCAGGCUAUCGCUGACACGGUGGCUCAAGUUCAGCUUGAGGUCGACGUACUAACAACACAAUAA